CGAUCGAAUGUCACUAGCAAGUGACAGGUGACGACGUGACAGAACAACAAUACACAUAACAUAACCACAAUCACUCUUUAUUUUGAACUUUGAUACUUUUUAGUGAAUAAUUUUUAAUAAUUAUUGUAUGUUUUUCUUAUCAGCUAGAACAGAAAAAGUAUAUUUUCUUUAUACUAAAAAAUUGCAAUGGUGCUAAAAUUAUACUUCGACCUAUUUUCUCAGCCCGCAAGAUCACUUUAUAUAUUUCUUAAAUUGGCCAAAAUACCCUUUGAAGAAUGUCGUGUGAAUUUAGGAAAAGGGGAGCAUUUAACUAAAGAAUUUGCUGAAACAAAGUCAAAAAUUCAAAAAAUUCCAUUUAUUCAUCAUGGAGAUUUUAGGCUAAACGAAAGUAUAGGUAUAGUGAGAUACUUAUCUAGAGAGUAUAGCAUAGCUGACCAUUGGUAUCCAAAAGAUAGCAAAAAACAAGCGAAGGUAGAUGAAUUUUUAGAAUGGAACCAUUUAAACAUUAGAUUGAACUGUUCAAGCUAUUUUCUUGUAAAAUGGUUGAUGCCAUUGAAAAACGGCAAGCAACCUUCAGAAGAAGAAUGUAAAAAUCUAACGAGACGCAUGGAGAAAUCAUUAGAAGAUUUUGAACGCAUAUUUCUAUCAAAUGAACGUUUUUUGUUUGGAAACAGUGUCUCUUAUGCAGAUGUUCAUGCUGCUUGUGAAAUUGAGCAAACAAGAAUGGCUGGAUAUGAUGUAAGAGAUCAUUUUCCAAAGAUAAAAACGUGGAUUGAAAGUGUAAGAUCAGAAUGUAACCCAGUGUAUGAUCAAGCUCAUAAGUUUGUUAAUAUGAUGGCAGAAGGAAAUGAAAAGCAGUUAAAUUCGAAACUUUAAAUAACUACAAAGUGAACUAUAUUUUUUUUAAACAGAUUUUAUGUUUUUGUUUUAUUAUUUAAAAUAUAUAGUUUUUAAUGUUAUAACGGUAUUGGAUAAUGUUAGUAUAAUAAAACAUCUUGUUUAUUCUGCAU